UCAAGCUUUCACAAGAGACUCUCAUGACCUAAAGGUUCGUGAGGGUGAAGCAGACAGUACAAUUACCCACCAGAACCUGCUACUCAAAAAGAAAUUUGUAGCCCCAUAGAGCAAAGAACCUAAUAAAACAAAGCCAAGCAGAAACGAGCCAAUUGCUCAAAAGCAUGGCAGCCUAACACAAAAAAUUACUGCCACAAAAAUCAGACAACAAAGCAAGAGAGCAUCGAAGAGAGCUCACAAAAGGACCAGAGAGAACGAAGCAGCCUAUCAAACAGCAAAAUCGUAUCUGCAGGAAAUCCGAAUAGAUGGGUUUUCUGUUCCGUUUAUAAGCAAACAGGAAGCAAAGAGGUUUCACCAUACACACAAUAUGGCAUGGGCAUUCAAGGUGCCUCUGGCAAGAUAUAAGCCACAUCUGAGUAUGGUUCUAGCUCAGAUAGGUUACACAAUUCUAUAUUUCUUCGUGGAAGCUUCCUUCAAUCAAGGGCUGAAUCCUCAUGUCUAUGUAACUUAUCGGUAUAUCCUUGCUGGCUUGCUGAUGUCUCCUUUUGCCUAUUUCCUUGAAAGAAAAUCAAGGCCAAAGAUGACAGUCGCAAUGUUUUUGGAGUUAUUUUUGCUUUCCCUCAUAGGAGUGGGCUUCACCAUGAACAUGUACUAUGCAAGCUUGAGAUACACUUCUCCAACAUUCGUUGCAUCUGUGUUCAACACCGUUUCUAUCUUAACCUUUGUAGUAGCCGUCAUACUCAGGAUGGAGGUUGUUAAUGUCAGGAGCCCUCGUGGGAUAGCUAAAAUCCUUGGAACCUUAACAUCCUUGGCAGGUGUCACGAUCAUCACUUUGUACAAAGGACCUGCAGUUCACAGCUUGUCGACUGCUCCAAUUCACAUGGAAAGACUUCCUUCUGUUCAUGAGAACUUGGUGAAAGGAUCAAUCCUUACUAUUGCUAGUUGCACAUCAUGGGCUCUAUGGUUCAUUAUGCAGGCAGUUACUUUGAAGAAAUAUCCUGCGCAACUGUCGCUGACAGCAUGGAUGAACUGUAUUGGAGGCGGACAAUCAGCCGUCUUUGCUGUGUUCUUACAGCACAAACCAAAAGCAUGGUCGAUCAAUAUGUUCAGUAUUCGUUUCUGGACCAUUACAUAUUCUGGAAUAGUAUGCUCUGGUAUUUUUAUCUUCAUUCAGUUUUGGUGCAUGAAAGAGAAAGGGCCAGUCUUUGUCUCCAUGUUUUCUCCCCUAGCAACAGUUAUGGUGGCUAUUUCAGCAUACUUUGUUCUUGGUGAAAAACUAUACGUGGGCAGGAUACUGGGAGGAGUCCUCGUUAUCAUUGGUUUGUACUUGCUUUUGUGGGGGAAGGAUCGAGAUCAGGCUUACAUCAAUACCCAAGAGCAACCUUCUUCACAUUGUCAUGGGCUAGAGGGAACCGACAAGGAGGACCUAACAUCAGGAGAAAAGGAGGUACCUUGAAGGAAACAUCAAAGAGCUGCAGGCAGUGUAGGAUUGGCUAAAUAAUUUGUCCUAUUCUAUUCCGAAGUUGAUUUGUUUUUAACACAGUAGCCACAAGCACAUAUAGAUCAGUAUCAAAAACUCAUUUACGUUGAUCUGUUGUUGCAUGCUUAAUAAAUCAUCUCAAAUAAUUUGGCA